GCACGGACAAGUCGUCUCCGCGCGGGGAGGCGUGCGGACCACAGCCCGGCUCCCAGCCAGCCGCGCCGAGCCCUGCGGACCCCGCAGCCCCGCGCAGCCAUGGAGGAACUCACGGCUUUUGUAUCCAAGUCUUUUGACCAGAAAAGCAAGGAGAGUAGCGGCGGCGGCAAGAAGGAUUCGAUCUCGUACAGGGAAGUUUUGGAGAGCGGACUGGCGCGCUCCCGGGAGCUGGGGAGCUCGGAAUCCAGCCUCCAGGACAUUACCGAGGGCAGUGGCCACUGUCCGGUGCAUCUGUUUAAGGACCACGUGGACAGCGACAAGGACAAACUGAAAGAGUUCGGCACGGGGAGGGCUGCGGAAGGUAUCUACGAGUGCAAGGAGAAGCGCGAGGACGUGAAGUCGGAGGACGAAGACGGCCAGACGAAGCUGAAACAGAGGCGUAGUCGCACCAACUUCACGCUCGAGCAGCUCAAUGAGCUGGAGCGGCUCUUCGACGAGACCCACUACCCUGACGCCUUCAUGCGCGAGGAGCUCAGCCAGCGCCUGGGGCUCUCGGAGGCGCGUGUACAGGUUUGGUUCCAGAACCGACGAGCCAAGUGCCGCAAGCAGGAGAACCAGAUGCAUAAAGGCGUUAUCCUGGGCACCGCCAGCCACCUGGACGCCUGCAGGGUGGCGCCCUACGUCAACAUGGGCGCCCUGCGAAUGCCUUUCCAACAGGUCCAGGCGCAGCUGCAGCUGGAAGGCGUGGCGCAUGCGCACCCGCACCUGCAUCCGCACCUGGCGGCGCACGCGCCCUACCUGAUGUUCCCGCCGCCGCCCUUCGGGCUGCCCAUCGCGUCGCUGGCCGAGUCGGCCUCGGCCGCGGCUGUCGUGGCCGCCGCCGCCAAGAGCAACAGCAAGAACUCCAGCAUCGCCGACCUGCGGCUCAAGGCGCGCAAGCACGCCGAGGCCCUGGGGCUCUGACCCGCCGCCCGCCGGCCCCCACGAGCCCGCCCGCGCUGCGUCCGGCGCUCGAAUCCUGCGCGCCCCGCGAAGGCCGCGCCGACGGCUUGGAGCGAGGGCGCGGGCCCUGGCGCAGCGGCCUCCCCGCCUGGGGCUUCCCGGGGCCCACCACCGGCCCAGGGGGGGGCCUCCCGGGACCUCACGACCCCUGCAGACGCUCGCAGAGACUGCGGAAGAGAGCAGGUGACGGCCAGACCAGCUGACGCAGCCCUCGGCCCGCGGUCUGUGCGUCCCGGGACCCUCGGCCCGCGGUCUGUGCGUCCCGGGACCCUCGGCCACGUGGAGCCCCGCGCGCCCUCCUCUGUGGCCAGCGUUCCUACCCCGUGCAUGCGGCCCCUUACACACCUUUCGAAGAUCAUAGAGUCGAUUACGCAAGAAGAUCUGGGGCUGGUCUCCGCCGAAGAUGCCAAUUCUUGGUCGCUAACAGUUUUACGCGCUGCCACGAAGUUGUUUUCAUCCGAGGAGGAGGAGGUGCGGGAUGGGAAUGGAUUGCAACGUGGACUUCCCCCUGCCAGAUUAGGGGCCCGUGCUCUGCAGCAAUAAGGAAAUGCAUCUGCCGACCUCGGGACAAGGUGGGGAGGGGGUCGGGGAGACCCCAAUCUCCCACGUUGUCACCGUAUUUUUUUA